AUGUCCUCCAACAUCUCCUCUGCCGGCAUUACGACCGACGCCACGACCGGCGAACGCUACAUUCCUUCUUCACUUCGUGCUGACGGCUCCAAGCGUCGAGAAAUCCGCGUGCGACCGGGAUAUAAACCCCCAGAGGAUGUCGAGCUCUACAAGAACCGUGCGGCCGCAGCGUGGAAAACCCGUGGAAAAGGUGGGGUGCCGGGUGCGGAACCCAUGAGCAGCGAAGACGACAAGUCCGCUCAGGCGGCCAGCACAGCCAGCAGCAACAAGAACGCUAAGCGCAGGGAGGCUAAGCGCAAGGCCAAGGAGGCCGAGGGCUCCGAGGCCACUUCUGAGAAAAAGGGAGCUGACUCCGACAACUGGCGCACUCCGGCCACACAGAAGAAUGAGCAGCUCGGCGAGGACCAUGUCGAUCUCGAAGCCGAGAAGGAAAAGAAGGCUCGCAACCUCAAGAAGAAAUUGAGACAGGCCCGGGACUUGCGCGACAAGAGGAAUGAGGGCGAGGUCCUGCUACCCGAGCAGCUCGAAAAGCUCAUCAAAAUCCCCGAGCUGGUCCGCCAAUUGGAGUCGCUCGGAUUUGACUCUAACGGUGACAAGAAGGAAGAAGCUAGUCAGGAGAAGGCCUGA